AUGCGCUCUUCCCCCUCGUCCUCUUCUACCGUCUCUGAUCGUAAAGGAAAGGGAAAGGAACAGGUGCCUGUCACACCAACCGGUUCGACCACCUCGGUCGAUCUCGAUGAAUCAGUCGACACACCUAUUACCUUGUUGUCCGAUGCUGAGGAAAAAGAAUUGCUUGAAAACGGUGCGUCUCCUGCCGCAGCACUACCUGAAGAAGCCGACAGUCAAGAUCCUAUUUCCAUCUCCGAUGAGGAGCCGUUGGAGGACGACGAAGACACGGAUGAUGAGAGUGUCAGCGACAGCGAAAGCGACGCUCCACCUGCACGUUUACCGCAAGCUCGUCGUCGGGCUCGCGGUUCUUGGUUCCAAAGAACCAGCGAAAGCAUCAAUGUGCAACAUCCGGAACUUAAAAAUGUCUGGAAGGAUCUCAAAGAAAAGGAACAAUUGCCAAUCGUUCCGGUAGACCAACCCUCGGAUCUAAAGUUGCCGCUUUUGCCCUUCCAGAAAUAUGGCGUUGGCUGGAUGCUCCAGCAAGAAAAACUCAAUGAUUUCAAAGGUGGCAUUCUUGCUGAUGAAAUGGGUAUGGGCAAAACCAUUCAAACAAUUUCACUCUUACUGUCCGACAAGCAAAAGCCGAACCUGGUUAUUGCGCCAACCGUGGCUGUGAUGCAAUGGAAACGUGAAAUUGAAACACAUACCGAUAAUGCUUUAUCCGUCUAUGUAUUCCAUGGCGCCAAACGCACCAAUGAAAUAGAAGAAUUAUUAGCCCAUGAUGUGGUGUUGACGACCUACGCGAUUGUAGAAUCUCUUUUCCGUCGUCAAGAAUAUGGUGUCAAACGAUUGACACAGAUUAUCAAAGAAAGAUCCAUAUUACACAAAAUUGAUUGGCACCGUAUCAUUCUGGACGAGGCUCAUAACAUCAAGGAUCGUUCAUGCAACACCGCUCGUUCAGUGUUUAAUAUGAAGGCCAAAUUCCGAUGGUCGCUUACCGGCACCCCGCUUCAGAACCGUGUUGGUGAACUAUAUUCCCUGAUUCGCUUUAUGCAAGCUGAUCCCUUCGCAUAUUAUUUCUGCAAAAAGUGUCCCUGUAAGAGCAUCAACUGGAAGUUUAGUGACAGAAAGGGAUGCGACCAUUGCGGUCACAAACCGAUGGAUCAUUGCUGUUGGUGGAAUAACGAAGUGCUCAAGCCGAUUCAAAGUCACGGUCAUGUGGGAGAGGGAUCUGUUGCGAUGGACAAGCUUCGUUUGUUACUGGACAAGAUGAUGUUGCGGCGUACCAAGAUUGAAUGCGCAGAUGAUCUUGGCCUUCCUCCACGUACCGUGACUAUUCGGCGCGACGUGUUCAACGAAGAGGAAGAAGAUGUGUAUAAUUCAUUGUUCACUGAUUCAGCCCGCAAAUUUACCACCUACGUCGAAGAAGGCUCCGUACUCAACAAUUAUGCCAAUAUCUUUGAACUGCUUAUGAAAAUGCGCCAAAGUGCCAAUCAUCCUGAUCUUGUGACAAAGAAAAAGGACAUCUCUAACGACAAACAACUCGUCUGCAUGCUCUGCAGCGAACCACCAGAGUGCUGCGUGCAAUACUAUCAGAGUUUUGAUGGUGAAGGUGCUCUUGGCUAUGGCAAACCCAAAUGUCCCACAUGCUUUGCCGAUUUUUCAGUGGACUUUUCGCAACCUAGUAUCGAAUUCGAAAGUGGAUCGAAUACGCAUGCGGCCUUUUCAAAAACAAGUAUCAUCAAUCGUAUCAAUAUGGAUAAAUGGAGAAGUUCCACCAAGAUUGAAGCCCUUGUUGAAGAGCUCUCCAAAUUACGUGCCGAAGACCGCACAAUCAAGAGUAUUGUAUUCUCACAGGUAGACACACAAGAGACGGGAAAGGUGAUGUUUGUGAGCUUUCUGGAUCUCGUUUACUGGCGUUUAUCACGAGCUGGUUUUCAGUGUAUCCGACUGGAUGGUACCAUGUCCCCUCAACAGCGCGAUGCGGCUAUCAAUCACUUGAAAGCGGGCGGUGUCGCUCUUAAUCUUACCGAAGCCAGUCGGGUGUUUAUCUGUGAUCCUUGGUGGAAUCCCGUAAGUUUAAAUAUUUUACAACAUGCAUCAUGA